ACUGCCGAGUGUAGUGGUUUUGAAUCUCACCCAGGCCAGGGCGGCUCUUUUUCGGAGUUGUCCUGGUGUUGUUUGCCUUCCUCUGCUGGUAAUGUUGUUGACACAUGUUCAUGGCUACACUAGCACACCGCACACCAUCUAAAUUUCUUCUAAUUUCACACCUACUGAAUGCUUUAGCAUUGCAACUUGUAGUGUUCAAACCCCAAAAAAGUUGGAAUGGCUGGUCUGAUGUGUCCUCCCACUAUAAAUAUAAAGGACGACAACCAUCUCUGGAAUGCAUGGUUCCCAGCUUUUUUUACAUACCACAAACUUGUGUGGAAGUACAUAUACCCUUCCCUUUCAACUGCAGGAGUGAUGCCACCACCUGAGUAUUGUCUUUGUCACCCUCUCUGAGGCGUGUUAGGGUGAGCUGUAGGGUUGACACAGUUGUGCAAUCUUUGAGACGUGUUUGGGUGAGCUAUCAGGCAUGCAGGGUUGACCCAGUCUCGAUCUCCAGUCUUCCUAAAAAUCUCAUUACCUUGGAAUUGUUUGUGUAUAUAUAGCUGUUGGGGUGAGAAACUGCUGGUGCACACUGUACUUCUAAUAAGUGCUCACCCAGCCAGUAGCACAACAUUGCCUAUAAUUAUAAGGCCUGUGAUAAUUUCUGCACUUUACCUUUCUGUGUUUGUUGAUGUGAUGUUUCAUAUACAUUCUGCAGGUUCCCUCAUUUCUAGAGAAGCUUCUACUGUACUGGUGGAGAGAAAAAAUCAUCGCAGCCGUUCCGAAUUUACUGGUGGUGUUCUAUCAUCACAAUGAACCGUUGCUACUCUAGCCACUGCCAAUGCUGUCAUAGAAGAAAGGGAAGAAGAGGGAGACAGUAACAAUGUCCCUGCCCCUGAGACUCUCCCGAAUCACUCUCCAAGCUACAUCCAGUUGAAUAACGCUUUGUUUCGACUUCCGCCUGGCGUCUGUGCUCCUUCCCCUACUCCUCCCCUCCCUCCCCCCUCCUCUCCUGCUCUCCAAACUAACAGCAGAUGCUCCAAGAGAACUCGAAGGACCUACUCACAGGCCCAGCAAGAUGCUCUGGAACUGGCCUUCCAUACCAACCCCUAUCUCGGCAACUUCUUCAGACAAAAGGUCUCACGACAAGUUGGCAUCCCCGAACACAGUGUCAAGGUAUGGUUUAAAAAGCGGAGGGCAUUUGGCAGGAAAGAGUCACGGACAGGGAGCAUGAGUCGAAAGAGUCUGAUCAGGGAGCAGAGGUUGAAGGCCAACCUGGCGAGCAUUGCACGACAGGGUGCUCUGAUGACAGCUGCCACUCAUGGAUUUGGAGCUCCUCAACCGCAGAGUCCUCCACUUGCUCUGCAGUCUCAGCAGCAGUUCACCCAACAUCAGAAGUCACUAGAACUGCCUGGACACUCUCGGCAGCAACUACAACUGCCUGGGCAGGCGCAGCACCAACUAGAACUGCCUCAUGGACAGUUGGAAGAGCACGGCUCUCAUCCUCAGCAAAUACAACUUAACCAACCAUGGGGAAUGGAGCAGUCUCAUUUGGCCCAACAACAGCUGCAGGUUUGGACUGAAUCUCAGCAGAUGCUUGAGCAGCAACAAACUGAACUCCAGCAAGAAAGUGGCGAGAAUAAUGAAGUUCCAACUUCGCCUACUAUCACCUCCAGUGGUUCAAUAGAGAUCAGUCAACUCCAGAUAUCCUCUCCCUUCACCCUCCCUCCUGCUACACCUGAAGGCGCAGACUUGUCCACAACUGCUGGUUGUAUACCUACAGAGAGUCCUUCAUUUCCUGUACACUCUGACUCUGCCGACAUUCUGUCCAGCCAGGAGAUUCCUCACGCGGUGUUCAGCGGUAAUAUCUGCUACUUCCCCCAGACAACACCCCAACAAUCUCUGUCUCCCAAUCUGUCAACUCAUCAUCGAGCUAACUCUGCGACAACUCUGAAUGUACCACUGCCACAGAUCCAGUCCCACUCUGCUACCUACCUCUUCCCUCCCUCCCUGGCCCACUCCCAGCACCCCCUUCCCUCGAUCGAACACCUCUACUCUCCGAAGCCCUUGUUUCAGUUCCCCCAUCCCUCGGCCCGUACUCUUCCAGACCAAUUAACAUCUCUAGGUUCAAUUUAUCACUCCUGGGACUAACAUGUUUUGGGACGUAACCGCAAUGCAUUUAUACAUUGUGUACUCAUCUUUUUGUGUUCUUGGUUGAGUUUGUAUUCUAUACCUCGUCAUUAAUUUGAUCAUAGUUUUAUCGUC